AUGACGGAGAUGUACGAAGCUUGGAUGAGUGGACAAGCUCCACCGCCUUCAAUUCGUGACUAUCUAAAUACAAAUAUGUUACCCCAUGUCCAAGUAUCAAUGAGUGAUCCAAUCUAUCCACCUGGAUUCGGUCCCUAUGCUAACGCAUCCAAUGUAGCUGGAACUUCUACAGUGCGCCUUUUAAGUACGCCUAUGACAAGUAAUCCACUAUUCAUUCCAACUGCGCCGACAAAUGUCGUUCAACAACCUAUAAUGGAGCCAAAAUCCAACAACGAUCCUCCACCCAAAGUUCAAUAUGAUCGAGAUUAUACUCCUGAAUUGACUUUUAAAAUCCCAAGCUCUUACCCUCACACUCAUCAGUAUAGUUCCCAUGUUGAGGCUGAAAAAGCUGUUAAGAACGAUGAACAUGAAGAAUUUGCUAGAAAACUGAAGAGUUUGGAACAAAGUGUAAGAGAUAUGCAAGGAUUGGGAGUUCCAGAUCGCACUUCACUUGUCAACAUGAGGAAGAAGACCACUAAAAAUUUUCGUGAAUAUGCUAUUAGGUGGAGGGAGCAAGCUGCUAGGGUUAAGCCGCCAAUGAAAGAGUCUGAAAUGAUCGAUGUUUUCCUUCAAGCGCAAGAACCAGAUUACUUUCAUUAUUUACUUUCCGUUGUUGGAAAAACAUUUGCUGAAGUUAUUAAGAUUGGUGAAAUGGUGAAAAAUGGCAUCAAGUCUGGAAAAAUUGUAAGUCAAGCUGCCUUGAAAGCUACAACACAGGUGAUUAAAAAUGGAUCAGGAAAUUUUGGGGGAAAGAAAAUGAAGGAGGAUAUAGCAAAUGUUGUGUCAAGCACACAAAAAUGUCCAAGGGGUCCACCUUAUCAAUCUGCACCACCUCAAUACCAUCAUUAUCUCCCUAUGCAAGACACACAAUAUUCUGUUGUUCCACCUCAAUAUGCGAUAAUAGAGCCGAUUUCUCAAAAUUAUGUGGAUCCACAUGCAAAGGGUUUCAAUCCUACAGCACGAUGUGCAUACCAUUCUGAUGCUCCAGGGCACAGUAUUGAAGAUUGUCAUAAUUUUAAAAAAAAGGUGGAAGAGAUGAUUCUAACAAAGAUGAUUGUGGUUAAAAAUGAUAACCCCCCAAAUGUUACUAAGAAUCCUCUACCGGCACAUAAUGAUGUACACUUUAUCGAGAUGAUAUGUGAUGACAAAGAAUAUGACAAUUCUGAAGAAAUGGCAAUUGAAAUUGGUUCAAUUAUUGUUGGAGGGUGGAAACAGUAUAACAAAUUUGAAGUUAGAAGUUCUGAACAACUAGAGAUGUUUUCAAGAUUAUCAAGGACUAUUCUGCAUCUUCAUGAUAAUCACCUUUCUGGCCCUAUCUCUGAAGAAAUAGGUUACCUAAGGUCUCUUGUUGGGUUAAGUUUGAAGAAUAACUCUCUUGAUGGUUCUAUUCCUGCUGCAUUGGGGAAUUUGACCAAGUUGUCCCUUUUGUAUCUUUAUGAUAAUCACCUUUCUGGCCCUAUUCCUGCAGAAAUAGGUCACCUAAGGUCUCUUACUGAUCUGCGGCUGUACAAUAACUCCCUUAAUGGUUCUAUUCCUGCUUCAUUGGGGAAUUUGAACAACUUGACUAUUCUGCGUCUUGAUGAUAAUCACCUAUUUGGCUUUAUUCCUGAAGAAAUAGGCUACCUAAGGUCUCUUACUCAUCUAGAUUUGUGUUCUAACACUCUUGAUGGUUCUAUUCCAACUUCAUUGGGAAAUUUGACCAGCUUGUCCAUUUUGUAUCUUUAUGAUAAUCACCUUUCUGGCCCUAUUCCUGAAGAAAUAGGUUACCUAAGGUCUCUUACUGAUCUGCGGUUGUACAAUAACUCUCUUAAUGGUUCUAUUCCUGCUUCAUUGGGGAAUUUGACCAACUUGUCUAUUUUGCUUCUUGAUGGUAAUCACCUUUCUGGCUUUAUUCCUGAAGAAAUAGGUUACCUAAGGUCUCUUACUGAUCUGCAGUUGUACGAUAACACUCUUGAUGGUUCUAUUCCAACUUCAUUGGGAAAUUUGACCAGCUUGUCCAUUUUGUAUCUUUAUGAUAAUCACCUUUCUGGCCCUAUUCCUGAAGAAAUAGGUUACCUAAGGUCUCUUACUGAUCUGCGGUUGUACGAUAACACUCUUAAUGGUUGUAUUCCUGCUUCAUUGGGGAAUUUGAACAACUUGUCUGUCUUGUAUCUUGAUGGUAAUCACCUUUCUGGCCCUAUCCCUGAAGAAAUAGGUUAUCUAAGGUUUCUUACUGAUCUACAGUUGUACAAUAACUCUCUUAAUGGUUCUAUUCCUGCUUCAUUGGGGAAUUUGAGAAACUUGCAAGUUCUGUCUCUCCAUGAAAACAAUCUGAUUGAGGAAAUUCCUUCAUCUAUUUGCAAUUUAACUUCGCUGACAAUCCUGUAUUUGUCGAGAAACAACUUGAAAGGAAAAAAUCUGCAAUGCUUGGGUAAUAUCAGUGCCCUCCAGUAUGUGAUAAUGUCACAUAAUAAUCUCAGUGGAGAGCUCCAUCCGUCUAUUUGCAAUUUAACAUCACUGCAAAUUCUAGAUUUGGGUAGAAACAAUCUAAAGGGAGAAAUUCCGCAAUGUUUUGGCAACAUGAGUGGUCAUCUUGAGGUUCUGGAUAUGCAACACAACAAUCUUUCUGGAACUAUUCCAACGACUUUUAGAGCUGGAACACUUAGAAGCUUCAACUUGCAUGGCAAUAAACUUAAGGGGGAAAUUCCCCAAUCUUUGGUCAAUUGCAAAGAGAUGCAAGUUUUUGAUUUAGGAGAUAAUCACCUCAACGACACAUUCCCGAUGUGGUUGGGAACUCUUCCUAAGUUGAGAAUUUUAAGCUUGAGAUCGAAUAAGUUGCAUGGACCGAUUAGAACUUUAGGAAGUGAAAACAUUUUUAAUGAGCUUCGAAUGUUGGAUAUCUCUUCCAAUGCCUUCACGGAAAACUUACCGACGAGUCUGUUACAACAUUUAAAAGCCAUGAGGACAAUUGAUCAAACGAUGAAUGCACCAAGUGAUGAAGGAGGUGAAUAUUACCAAGACUCGGUAGCUGUCGUAACAAAGGGAUUGGAGCUUGAAGUUGUGAGAAUCUUGUUUUUGUAUACCACUAUCGAUUUUUCAGACAAUAAGUUUGAAGGACAUAUUCCAAGUAUUAUGGGAGAUCUCAUUGCACUUCGCAUGCUUAAUUUAUCUCAUAAUGGAUUGCAAGGUCAUAUACCGCCAUCACUUGGAAGAUUAACUUUGGUUGAAUCAUUGGACCUGUCAAGUAACCACCUUGUAGGAGAGAUACCAGCACAAUUUGCUUCUCUAACUUCUCUUGCAGUCUUAAAUCUCUCCUACAAUCAUCUCAAAGGGUGCAUUCCUCAAGGAAAUCAAUUUCAUACCUUUGACAACAAUUCAUAUGUAGGUAAUGAUGGAUUACGUGGAUUCCCACAUUUGAAAGGCUGUGGUACUGAAGGUAAUGAUUCAGAAUCAGAGAAAACUGAUACCGGAUCUGAGCUUGAUGAAGAAAGCAACUCUGAAUUUCUGAAUGAUUUUUGGAAAGCUGCUCUUAUGGGCUAUGGAACUGGACUCUGUAUUGGAUUAUCCAUUAUAUAUAUCAUGAUUUCAACUGGAAAACUGAUAUGGCUUGCAAGAAUCAUUGUGGAGGUGGAGCAUAAAAUUAUGAUGGGAAGAAGAAAGAAGCAGCGAAAGCAAAGGAGUUACAGAAGAAGCAAAUAA